AUGGCGAGGCCGGGAUUCAUUGGCCAGAUUGGGGAAUAUUUUCCCAAAAGAGAAGAGUAUGGGAACUAUGUAAGAAGAUUCCAGAUAUGGAAAAAAGCCAAUAAGAUACCAGAAGGGGACGAAGUAAUAGUCUUCUUAGCCAUAGUUGGGCCUGAGGCGUUCGAAACGGUGUCCAACCACUUUUGUCCAGACGACCCUAGCACCAAAACUUUCAAAGAAUUGAAUGAGGUAUUAGAUACCUAUUAUGGUUCCAGUAAGAACCAGAUUGCACUCCGUUUGGCGUUCCGACAAUGUCGUCAAGGGGCAAAGGACUCAAUAACAGAGUACAUCCUUGAACUGAAAAAGCUGGCAAGGCAUUGUGGGUAUGGGGAACAUCUAGAUACCAACCUUCGAGACACUUUCGUAGCAGGUCUGCGAAGUAACAAGGUGCAGGCGAGGCUCCUGGCCAAAGGAAAUGAGCUAACCUGGAAAGCUGCAGUUGACGCAGCAAUUGCGAUGGAGCUGGCAGAUGCAGAUAGUUUAAAACUACAGCAAGGGUCGAGCAGCAGUCAGCGUUCAGCAGAAGUGCAUCGUCUAGAAAGAUCUCAACCUAGGGCCCCCCAGCAGGAGAGCAAAUGUUACCGAUGUUUAGGUUUCCAUCAACCAGCUACUUGUCCCCACCGGCAGACGACCUGUUAUAGUUGCGGGAAAGUAGGGCAUCUGAAGAGGGCAUGCAGAAAUGCAACAUCAAGCUCCAGUUACAGCAAAGGACGCGGGAAACCAUGGAACGCAAGUCGCGGACAGUCCAACGAACCAUCGCAAGGACGCGGUAGAGGUCCAGGUCCAGGCCGUGGUCGUGGGUAUAGUCAGCAAAGUACAAGUCAAGGAAAAAAGGACAGUAGAUCGAACACACAUCUGAUCGACACAGAAGUCCAGGAUGACAAUCCUAAAUUGUUCGCAGUUGAUGAACAAGAUACUAGUAUGGACUCAGACUCAGUUCCUAUUGUUGAAUUUGAUAUUUCUGAUCAUGUUGUGCCAUUUGUUGUAGAUACAGCAGCAGCUGUUUCAGUAAUUUCAGAGAAAGAGUACAACAAUUCUCUAGGUCACAUUCCACUGCAAAGGUCAAGUAUGAAACUAACUUGCUAUGGUAGAAUACAAAUACCAGUUUUAGGUAGGAUACAAGUGAGAGUACAGUACAGAAAUUCUGCAUAUUACUUACCAUUGGUAGUUGUAUCUGGUGACAAUGUCGCCCUGAUGGGUAGGAAUUGGUUGAGAAGAAUCAGGAUAGAUUGGGGAGAGUUGUUUGAGAUAGGGCUUACUUCAAAAACCCCAGAUCUUCAAGAAGUGUUGAAACAUCAUGAAGAUGUGUUCAGACCAAGUGGUCCAGGUGAUAAGAUUAGGGAUUUCAAGGCAGAGGUAAAAGUGAAAGAGGAGGUGCAACCUACCUUUUGUAAAGCUAGACCAGUUCCUUAUGCCCAGUUAGAAGUAGUCGAGAAGGAGUUGGAUAGGCUAGGAAAAGCAGGGGUGAUAAAGAAAGUGAAGAACAGUAGAUGGGCGGCCCCAAUAGUUACUGUUCCAAAGUCUGAUGGGUCAGUCAGAUUAUGUGGUGACUAUAAGCAAACAGUUAACAAGGUAUUAGAGGAAGAUGUUUACCCAUUACCUACCUGUGAAGAUCUGUUUGCUAAUCUAGCUGGUGGCAAGGUAUUCAGUAAGAUUGAUUUGUCAAAUGCUUACUUGCAGUUAGAAUUGACCGACAAGAGUAAGGAGUUACUUACAAUUCAUACACACAAAGGGCUGUAUCAGUAUGAAAGAUUGCCAUUUGGGGUAUCGACUGCUCCGGCAGUGUUUCAAAGUGUUAUGGAUCGAAUCUUAGGUGGUAUGAAGGGAGUGUGCUGCUACCUAGAUGACAUAUUGAUUAGUAGCGAAAAUGAGGAAGAUCAUAUCAAAACACUGAAUGAGGUGUUAGGGAGGCUCCAAGAGUAUGGUGUCAAGGCGAAGAAGGAAAAGUGUUCCUUCAUGGUUUCUAGAGUAAUAUACCUAGGGCAUGAAAUUGAUAGUAAGGGUGUUCAUCCUACAAAGGAGAAGGUAGAAGGAAUCUGUGAUGCAAAGAGACCAGAGAACAAAGAUGAGUUGAGAACUUUCAUAGGCAUUGUGGUGUAUUAUGCUAAGUUUGUGCCAAAUUUAGCUAGUACAUUUGCAUCAUUGUACCAAUUGCUCAGAGAUGAUGUCGAGUGGAAUUGGACCACUGAGUGUCAAACUGCUUUUGAGAAGGUAAAAGAAGUGUUGUCAAGUGAUGUAGUAUUGACGCAUUAUGAUCCGAAGAAACCGUUGGUUUUGGCUUGUGAUGCAUCCCCGUAUGGGUUAGGAGUAGUGUUGUCUCAUCUCAUGGAAGAUGGAGAAGAAAGACCGGUAGCUUAUGCAUCACGUACCCUUACCAAAUCAGAGCAAAACUAUUCACAGAUUGAAAAGGAGUCUUUGGCUAUCAUCUAUGGGGUUACCAAGUUUCACAAGUAUUUGUACGGUAGGAAGUUUACGUUGUUAACUGAUCACCAAGCCCUGACUAUCAUCUUUGGAUCUAAGAAAGGGAUUCCAUCCCUGGCAGCUGCAAGGCUGCAGAGGUGGGCAUUGAUUUUGAUGGCUCACCAGUAUGAAAUCAAGUAUCGGAAGUCCACAGAACAUGCAAACGCAGAUGUUUUGUCUAGAUUUCCUGUCAAAAAGGAGUCACGUUUGGCUAGUGAAUUACCCGUGAACUACUUCACAUACACAAAUGCUAUGCCUUUAUCGGCAAAGGAUAUCAGUGAAGAAACUAGGAAGGACUUGGUGCUCAGUAAGGUGUUGUAUCAUGUGAUGAAUGGGUGGCCAAGUCAUUGUGGUGAGGACAAGUUACAAGAGUAUUUCAAUAGGAGAAAUGAACUAUCAGUAGACCAAGGUUGCUUACUAUGGGGAAUGAGAGUGAUAAUACCCCCAAAGUUCCGGGAACGAUUGUUAGAAGAAUUACAUCAGGAACACACAGGUAUAGUGAGAAUGAAAGCUGUUGCAAGGAGUUACUUUUGGUCUGUUGUACCAAAUGAGUCUGUGUCUGGAAGUGAGACUAGCAAGUCACCAGUAGAGCCUAGUACAUUGAGUGGUACUAGUGGUGGUCAAGGUCAGAGUCGAGGUCAAGAUGACCUUCAGGAAGAGAGGGUAGAGCACUGCCUUGGAAUAGAGGUGGAUGAGAAGGGCAAGGACAAAUUAUCCAUAUUUCAUCAAGCCUAA